AUGACCACGGAGCAACGUCACUCACAAAGAGAAUUAUCGAAUGUUGUUAGACACGGAAAUAGCCUGGCCAACAGCCUUAUGAAAAUUGAAACCGGCCUUCUUGACCUGCGUUUCGAUGGACGAGGUUCAGCAUCAUUUAGAGAAAAGAUUGCUGCAGGUCAAAGGAUUGCCUUGCGAAUCUACAUACAGAAUGAGAUUAAAAAGCGAGCAGCUGAUUUGAGACUGGUGAAACUCAGAAUUUGCGAAACCUCGCGCAUGAGGGAUGUGGCGAAGCGCAUAGUUGAGCGUUGCAGAACAAUGACUCAAGCAGAGGGCAAUGUGUUUGCAGAUGACAUAUUUCAACGCGAGUUCAAAUUCGAUGUUGAGGACGAGUCAGGUGUAGCACAUAUAGAGCCAUUCUUGAAGAGGAGUAAAGAGAUACGCGAUGAGAUCUCGGAAUUGGUUUGGAAUCUACAAUUCGAUCGCACUUUCGCGAGAACCAUAUCACAUCUCCUCCCACUGAACUAUGACUCUUUGGCAAAGGAGACAACAACACCAAAGGGGUUAAGAAAGAGAAAGCAUUUGACAAUCAUCACCUUUUGUGAUGCUCAAGGCUACUUGCCAGUUGCGACUGCUGCCAGCAUUGUUCAAGGUUGGAAUCGUGUGCAUCCAAUGGCUAACAUCGCUAUUCAAGGCACUCUCCUUGUUACACAGCACAUUGGUUCCACUCAAAACGCAUAUGAUGUCUGGGAAAUGCCUUCAGGUGUCAUCGUUGCUUCACCUCCGAAGCCAGUCUUCGAUCAGCCUCUUGCUUACACUCCAGCAUGGAGCUACCCCACUAUUAAGGAGUUGGAAGGAUGUUUAUACUCGCUGGCGUAG